UUGAGGAAGUGCUAUUGAAUACAUAUAAGUGAAGUGUCAAAUUUUGCUGUCAAAAUUACAUUGUUUUGUUAUGAUUCAUACCUUAUGGCAUGUGGCUCAACCAUCUUUUCCCUUGACUUAAAAUUAUUGAAUUUAUUAUAGAAAAAUAAGUUAGCAAUUUUCUAUAGAAUUUUGUUGUGGCUUUCAUUUCUAAUCAAGUAAAAUGCCACGCCCAUUGCCUGAAGCUUCGGGUAACAUUGGAAAUUUUAUGAGCAAACCUGCUAGGGGAUGGUUACAUCUGGAUCAUACAAUUACAAAGAAAGGCGUAACUUAUGCUGUCCGGUACAUUGGCUGCCUUGAAGUUAAGACUUCAAUGAAAAGUCUUGAUUUCGACACACGGUUUCAAGUAGCCAAGGAAUGUAUAAACAGAGUGUGUGAAGCAGCCGGACUGAAAACCGUUGAUAAGAAGCGAAAGGUGGACAAGCGCGUCGUCCGCAGUAUAGGAGAACAGCCGCACAUGGAGCAUGCUGGAACCAACGUCAACCUCACCAUAUCCAGCACUAGUCUGUCCCUGCGUACACUUGACGGAGGACAGGUGGUGGCGUCCCACGAGAUGCCCAGGAUAUCCUUCGCGUCCGGGGGUGACGUGGAUACGCUGGAUUUUGUCGCUUACGUAGCCAAAGACCCUCGUGAGUGGAGAGCGUGUUACGUGCUAGAGUGCGGUGGAGGACUGGCACAAGACGUCAUCACUACUAUCGGACAGGCUUUUGAGCUUAGGUUCAAACAGUUCCUCACCCUGCCCAACCUACCACAGUCUACAGUAAGAACAGACGACAGAGAGUACUACAACGAUCUGCCUGGCAAGGUACCACCUGAUGUAGGCCCUCCGCCUGUGCCACCUCUACCUAACGCUACCUCCAUGGCCCCUCAACCUAGAGAGCGGCUCGUAUCGACCAACCUCAUAGAUCUGAACUGUGAUAUCAUUGGUCCUCCCACUCGCACUCACGACUACGUUAACGAUAUCGUGAUCAACAAUAGAUCGCCCAGAGACGUAUUUGAUAUGCAACCGUUUGUGAGCAACGCAGCAGCAGCGCCGACAGAGUCUGCAGAACAAACGGAACGCAACAGACUGCAAAGUGAAGCAUGGUUCCACGGGUCUAUCAGCAGACAACAGGCAGAACAAUUGCUCAGACAGGAUGGAGAUUUCCUAGUGAGAGAGUCACAGGGUUCGGCUGGUCAGUAUGUGUUGACAGGCCUACAGGGUGGAGUCAAGAAACACCUUCUACUGAUAGACCCUGAGGGAGUGGUUCGCACCAAGGACCGAAUGUUUGAAAGUGUCAGUCAUCUGAUCAACUACCACUGCCAGAACAAACUUCCGAUCAUCUCUGCGGAAAGUGCACUAGUGCUGCGGAACCCUGUGCCUAGAACUGCGCUGUAAGCUACACUAGAGAAAGUUGAGGGAAAACUUUUAAAACUACCUUUUUGAGUACUGAGCAUUGUAGUUUGAUUUUAAAAUAUGUUCCGAAUUAAAAGCUAUUAAAAUUACAAAUGCCCUGUUGCUAGCCUAGUGGCAAGAAUCAGGUUCGAUCCUAGUAUAUCAAUAAUUUGAUGGGUUUAGACCACUUUCCCGUAAACACGUUUAAACUUUCAUACAAAAUGUGCUUUAGUUUCGAUAAAAAAGUUAAAAACAUCUGGAUAUACUUUCACAUUAACGAUUUCAUGUUUAUUAAACUAACCUAUAAUCAACUAGUGAUAUUUUUCACUUGACUGAGUCAUAACACCUUUUGUCCGUCUUUUGUUGUGUAUGAAUUGGCUCAGAAGUCUAGUUCAGAACUGUUUUUAUUUUUAUUUUUUAAAUAACAGUUAAAAACUUUAUCUAAUGUUAAAUCUGUGUCAUUUGUCAAACAUUAGACCCUUCAUUUAACAAUAUUCCAAAAACAAAUAUUACACCACCAUAUCACUGCUUUACAGAACAGUCAAAAUCUGAUGUUCAAAGUAUUACAAUUUUACUUCUUUUCUCAAUUCUUGAACCUCAUUGUUCAAAACUUGGACUGUAAAGUAACAAAGCAAUACUGUAAAGUAAGUAAACAAUACUGUAAAGUAAAUCCUUUCAACUCUAAAAAGAACUGAAUUGAAAAAACUAGUUUAAAAAAACGGCCGUAGGUAAAUAUUGUUUAUAUCCUUUAAGUAUUUGCAUGAUGCAGCGUUGUUAAUGAAUUUUUACAUGGAUGUGCUUAUUUUUUCACAAGCAAAACCGACGAAAUAUAUUUUUAAAAUCCAAAAGAUAUUUUUGAAGGGAUAUUUUAUAUGUUAAAGCGUCUUGAACCAACCUUUUCAUUAGUUACCACUUAUAAUCAAUUAAAACUUAAGUUUAGUUUAUCAAUAUACAAUUAUUUAUAUACUUUUCAUUUUGCAUAUAAGUUGUCCAAUUCUUUGUGGAGUUUAACAAUAAUUUUGCAAUUGAUCUGGGUUGACCAGUAAGUUUUUUUUAGAAAAUGUUUCUCAGUUCUUAAAACUAAUUGAAAUAUUUGUAAUCGAUAUUUACUACUUGAAAAUUGUAAAUACAACAGAUCCUUAAAUAUAGCCUACAUUCUUAUUUUACAUUUAUAUCUAGAGAUAUUUUUUUCUGCCAUAGGAAAAUUAUUUGUAUUCAUACCCUAAUGCAUAACAAAAUAUUAUUAUUGCAUUAUAGCAUUUACUAUUGAAUUGCUUCUGAUUAUUGAAAGUUAAUGAUGUCUUGAAAGCUGAAAGCAAUAUAACACAAACAAUAGCUUAGCCAUUAGUUUUACACACAGUUAUGUACUUAUAAACGUGAUAUUUAUAUACCCUUGUAUUUUAGUUGUAUUUGUGUUGAAUUAAAUAAACUUCUAUGUCAAUUCAUGUUUUAGAAGGUACUGUGUAUGAAGAUAUGUAUUACUUACUUCUCCUUUACAUAUAUAGAGAAAAUAUGAUUUUUGCCUAUAUUGUUGAGUUUUAAAAGGAAAUAUCUGUAUGGUUUCCCUGAACACACUAAAGUGGUUACUGGUUUUCAAAAGUAUAAGUCAGUUUGUUGAUACCGUUUAUAGUUUUAAAACUUUUUUUAUACUGUGCCAAACAUAAAAUGUUCUUGUUACAACGAUUAUAUGUUACAGCAAGUAUUCAAACUGAGAUUUUAUUGCAUCCAAUAUGUUUUAGAUGAUUGUAUAAAGUUUAACUCAAUUUUUAUCAACGAUUGGAUGAAUGGUUUUUUUAAAGUUAAUUUUGUAUAGAUAGACUUAUUUUUACGUACAUUUUGUUGAUCUAAUUUUGAAUUGCUUCUUGAUAUUUUUUAAUGCGUUUACAUUAGUUUAACCAUACAAUGUAUUAGCCAUUGAAUUUGAUAUCAUGUUCAUAAAACAGUGUAAUUUGCAUUUUAUUAGUUCGUAAGUGCUAAACG